ACGCUGCUAAAAUCUGACUAUCCAUAUUUUGAAUUCGCCAUCUCCGAUCUUCAUUCCCAGCUAUGAAUGUAGACACUGGCUUUGAGGAUCCUCAAGAGUUUAUUCAAUGCUCUUUCCUGGAGUUACUUGGUCAAAUUCUUCAUGUUGGUACUGAUCAUGCUAUGAAUGACCAUUCUGUUAUGCAUAAUUCUGUUGUGAAUGAUAAUGGUGUUGGGUAUGGUAAUGGUGUUGGUAACGAUGAGGAGGAAGAGAGGGUAUUUCAUGUUAAAAUGGGUGAUGAAAAUGGUGAAACAGAUGAUGCAAAUGGUGUACAACCUCUCGAGGCAGAAAAACACGAUAAUUGCAGGGUACACAAGGCACAAAGGACUAGGAGAGAAGCAUUCAGACUAAUCCAUGGAGAUGCUGGAGGGCAAUACACCAAGCUCUGAGAUUAUUGUUUCACUUUGAUAAAGCGUAAUCAAAGUGGCUUUGAGCAUAUUUCAAGAUUGGAUGCCAUCUAAACAAGAACAAUAUCCCUGUGUUUGAGAUGUUUUUUAUUUUACAUAUGAUGCUCUUAUAUCUGGGUUCUUAGCAGGUUGCAGGCCUAUCAUUGGAAUUGAUGGAUGCUUUUUAAAGGCACCCUUUGGAGGACAGUUGCUGUGUGCAGUGGCAAGGG